ACUUCACUCACCAUGCUUCUAAACCAAUCAGGUACUUUGAUGAGCAAAUAACGCGGAAACGACCUGGAUGCAACACGCAUGGAAAAAUAUGAUAGCGCUCAGUUGAAUAGUUGUGAUCAUCUGAUUCUGUUCAGUGCGGAUAUCGGGGAAAAGGGAGAACAAAAGCGGAAAAGCUUAGAGGAUUUUACCAAACUGAAAGCAAAUUCCUGUUUUCGUAUUACCAGUAUUGAUUUCUUGUUGUAUUGGGUUUGGACUCGUUAGAAGCAAUAGAACAGAGGGUGAACUGUGGUGGACGAUCACAAUGAUAUCAACUUGUAGGCCUUGAUGAGGUUGACUGUAUUCACUGCAAUCACUGCAACUAUUAGUGGUCCAGAUAUUUGAGACAGUGCUGGGGGUGCUUAUGCAGUGGCAAACUUUCCACCAAUAGGGGCUAUACGAGUUGGUGCUGAGUGGGAACCAAGUUUCCUUGGCAGUGGAGGAGCUAUUGGAGAGUUCUUAGACCAGAACAGGACCAACAAUGGGUAAUGUGGUUAACAAGUUCACGAGUGCCUUUGGUGAUUGGUCCAAAAACCCUACGCGUGUUCUCAUGCUAGGUCUCGAUGCUGCUGGUAAGACUACAAUCCUGUAUAAACUGAAGUGUAAUGAGACUGUUCAAACCAUUCCUACCAUUGGGUUUAAUGUAGAGACCAUUACACCCGUUCCUGGACUAACACUCACAGUAUGGGACGUAGGUGGUCAGGAAAGACUCAGGGCGCUAUGGAGGCAUUACUAUGUAGGCACUGAAGGAAUCAUCUUUGUAAUAGACAGUGCAGAUCAAAUGAGAUUCCUGGAUGCAAGAGAAGAAUUAUUCAACAUGUUGAAUUCAGAUGAUAUCUUGGAUGGUACACCGCUUCUAAUACUCUGCAACAAGCAAGAUAUGAGCGAAGCCGAGUCAGUCUCGAGGAUCAGUGAGACCUUAGAUCUGAAGAGGAUCACUAAGAACCCUUGGCAUAUCCAGGCCAUCUCAGCAUUAAGUGGAGAAGGACUUCUCGAAGGAAUGACCAAAAUUGCCAAAAUGGUCAAGAAUUUCAAAAAAGAGAACAUGAAGAAAGAACAUGCAUCGUCUUCGUGAUUGUGACGAGAAAAAAAACACUGUGAAUUUACUGCUUUCAUGUUAUCAGGAAUACAGUACUUGGUAUAACGGAUGACGGACGCUUGGAAUAAUUCCAGAAAAUGAAGGAUACACCACUUGACAAUCACAACUGAAAACAUCGACUGUCAUCUCUUUCAGAGACGUGGAAAAAACAUUAUCUUUAAGAUUUUUUGACUGAAUAUUGACUGUAUUAAGGAUUGAGGAAUGCUUUUUGAAGGUAGAACAGGCGAUAUUUACAAUUCUGAUAUUUGUACACCAUUGAAUACUAGUAACACGAUGAACUUGUUUCACUGUCAAUCUCUGAUGAGCUGUCAUCACAUACAAACCCAAAAGGACAUGGAAAUUCCAUAUGGUGGUAUUUGAUGAUCUGCCAAUGCAUUGCUAUACAAAGAAGGCACUGGGCCCAAGCUCGCUCGACCCUUGGGCACCCUUCUUCUUGUCAUGUGUUCCUGCUUGUAACUUUUGACGGCGACAAUGACAACGACGACGCCCCUCCCUCCAAUUGGAACACUUUUUUAAGCCCCCCCCCCCAUCACACGGGCCCUUGCAUUAAUGAAUUCUUGGAUCCGCCUCUGAUGCCACGCACGUAGACCUCCAAGAUCUUUAUCAUCUUGGCGAGCGUAAUUAUGAGGAGGAUGAGAUAAAACAGUUUCCUUUUUCCUUGAUUGAUCUGCGAACAAGGAAGAAAUUAAAGCAUCGUUAUCGAUUAUAAUGGUCAAAAUUCAUUUUGUAAUUGUUGAAACGCAUGAGUAUUAAUUUCUAGUGUCUUUGAAGUUUGAUGUAUAAUUUGUAUAAUCAUAAUUAUGGGAUAUACAUUUAUUGUAUAAUUUAAAAUUGUGUUUCAAAUAAUUUGUGAGACUUUUUUGUUUAUGGAAUGUGAAUGUGUAUUUUGAUUUGAGAGAAUACAAUAAAACAUUCUUCAAAAAAAAAAUUAUAUAUAAACUAUGGACCCAGGAUUGAUCGAGUGGAAGGAGGGAAGGGGGGGGGGUGGCAAAGUCUAAGAGAUAUCAGAACACCCCGCUUAAUCAAAAUCUUGUCAAGAGAAGUAGGGUAGUCUGAAGAGGAAGGUGUAUGGACUUAAUGAUAUGUCUUUUUUUGGUGCUAACUUCAAGAGAAGCUAUA